AUGAAAGUUAAAAUCAAAACUUGGAAUGCCGUCGCUACUUGGAGGUGGGAUCUUGAUGAGGAUGAUGUCUGUGGUAUUUGUCAGGUACAUUUCGAUGGGACAUGUCCUACUUGCAAGUAUCCUGGCGAUGAUUGUAGUUUGUUAGAGUGGAUUAAACAAGAUUCUUCCAAAGGACAAUGUCCUAUGUGCAGACAGAGUAAGAUCAUUUGA